AUGUAUCCUCCUGAAAUCAAUCUGUUUACUGAACGUACAAUUAUCAUUAAGGGGCAGGAUAUGAACACCGUUAUUGCCGCUGAGCAGAGAAUUAGCCAAAAAUUACGUCAAAGUUAUGAGUCAGAUCUGAACAACCGAGCUUUGUAUCCGUACGGACAAGGACCAGGUGCGUUGCCGUUAAUGAACCCAUUAGGUUGCCCAGAUCCUUCUGCCUUUUUGAAUACCACGGCUAACUCCGCUUCCGCACAUAUAAGUCGUUUAGGCACUUCAGCUCCAUUAGGAAAUUUACAAGUUCCGAACCAACAGGUGCAUAUAGUUCGAAUGUGGGUUCCAAAUAGCAUUGUAGGAGGAUUAAUUGGUCCGAAGGGCGUUCAUAUACGGAACGUAAUGAGAGCUACGGGAGCUCACGUUAGAAUUGAGGGUGGUGGUCCCAAUAGGGAUAAAAAGAGCAGGGUAGAUGGUGGCACAGCUGCUUCUGAAGCAAGUGAAAUGAAUGUGGAGAAGAAGGAAAGGAGCGAAGAGGUUGCAUCGGGCAAUGAAGCGACUUCAGAUGAGAAGGAAGUGGAGAAGAAAGAGAAUGUUGAGGAUGAAGAAGUUUUGAAACCAAAUACAACUAAGGAAAAUUCUAAGGAGAGGGAUGCCAGCAAAGAUAUGCACGCUGAUGAGAGGCUUGUCAUAAUCACGGGAAAUGAACUUCAACAAUACAGAGCGAGUUUUAUCUGCGCUCAGUGUCUGAUUCAUCAGCGAGUUGCAGAACAGACUUACACAUACCCUGAAAAUUUACGCCUUUGUACAGAAGUCAGUGUACCUAGCAAAAUAGUUGGUAGAAUUGUUGGGAAAGGGGGACAGAAUGUUCGGGAGUUACAGCGCACUACAGGUGCUCAGGUUAAAAUUCCAGAAGAUAGCGGUGAGGUUGAAUCUCAUGACACGACGAUCGUCCGUGUACUUGGAAACUUUAGGGCCUCACAGGCAGUCCAAGCUCGGCUAGCACAGCUUACUUGUGACUUUGCAGAUAAACUUACUUUAUGGUCAUCAAAUGGACAAGCGUCCGGGAAGCAAGAUUCUUCGUCAGGGACACAGAAGGAGAGUCUGGGAGGCGGUAAUGAUCUGUCUAGCACCGGAUCGAAAGCUGGAUUUUAA